AUGUCUAUCCCUAUGAACCGCCUGGGCGGCCGCGCCUUCAGCCACGCCGACAACGACGACGACGAUACGGAGCGCGAGUACGAUCGCCUCCGUGACCUCGCCCGCGAGGAAGCCAACAAACGCAAUCAGGCCUUUGAGCGCUCUCAACAAGCCUACCAGUCGGGCGAUGGCGCGGCCGCCAAGGAGCUCUCGAACGAGGGCAAGCGCCACGCGCAAAAGAUGGAGGACUACAACCGCCAGGCGUCCGAAUUUAUCUUCCGGGAGAACAACGCCGCCGGCCGUGUGACGGGCAGCUGCGUCGACCUGCACGGGCAGUACGUCGAGGAGGCGGAGCGCAUCCUCGAGGAGCGCAUCCGCGCCGACCGGGCGCGGGGCCAGGAACACUUGCACGCCAUCGUCGGCAAGGGAAACCACUCGACGGGCCACGUGCAGAAGUUGAAGCCGAGGAUCGAGGCCAUUUGCCGCGAGAUGGGACUCAAGUACUCGACCGAGGAGAACGCCGGCCGGAUCUACAUCAACCUCCAGGGCGGGGAUGCAACGAUGCCGCCGCCGCCUCACACUGGUGGUGGACAGCAACACCACGGAGGCGGCCAGCAACAGCACCAUGGCGGUCAGAACCAGCAGCACGGCGGGCAGACCCACGGUGGACAACAGCAGCACCACGGCGGCCAGAACCAGCAGCAAAACCAGGACGAGACUGGCGACUUGGUCGUCAAGAUUCUCAAGAAGCUGGAGAAGGCUUGCUGUAUCGUCAUGUAA